AUGAUCACAGGUACUGCCGGUGCUUCCUGCGCCGUCGAGCUCGUGAUUACAAGGUGGGUUCAGCGACCGGAAUCCGGGAAGACAAUGGUUGCAGGAAGCAAUACUCCAUUUUAUGAGCCUGUCCAUGAAUGUGAGAAAAGUUGUGUAAUGCAGAGGAUAGAGAGGAUGAAGGGAAGUAAGAAGGGUAAGAGGGAGAAGGAGAAGAAGACGAAGAUAGAGGAUGAAGUUGAGGAGAUGUUACAGGCAGUGCAAGAUGAAGUCCUCUUGACUCUCUCCCAAGCCCACAUGACCCGUGCUUCUUCUUCCGUUGAGGAUCUGGAUCCGGAUCUGGAGCGUCGAUUCCAGGCCCUCAAAAUGAAAACCAAACCUAAUCCCCAACAACAGGAUCAAGAUCUCUCCGCCAGAUUUGGUGCUCUCAAAGCCAAAUCAUCAAGAUCCAUUUCCAAUUCCAAUUCCUACAAAGAAGAAGAAGAGAGCGAAGACGACGAAGAGACUCAAGUUCAGAAACUCAUCCAGUGGGCUAAGGAUGCUGCAAGGCUUAAUCCUUCUCCGCCCUCCGAUGACGACGACUGA